AUGGCCUUCUUCGCCCGCGCGGCGAAAGAAAUCCCUCCGGGGAUCACGAGUGACGACGUGCGAUACAUCUCGAUCACCAUCGUCGCCCUGACGUGCGUUUUCGUGACGUUGAAUCGGUUCCUCUGUCCCAAGUUUGCCCCGAGGUUCAUGCGUAAAGAGCCGUUCUUGCUCGCGUUUGAGCUCACGUGCUUCGCGCCGUUGGCGUAUUGCGCGUACGUCGGCACCCGUGGAUGGUUGUACGACCUCAACGUCGGCUACGAGACGCCGCAUCAGCGGCUGCACAAACCCCUUCCGUUGAGCUCGCGGAAGAUGAUUUUGUGCAACUGCGCGUUUCAAAUCUGGGACUUCAUUAUUUCGCUGCGACACGCGCAGUUGAACUCGAUCGAGAUGUUGAUGCAUCACGCCCUAGCCGCGGCGUUGUGCUUGGCGGGUUUGCACAUUGGAUUUGGGCAGUAUUACGGCUUGUUCUUUAUGGGCGUCACGGAGACGUCUUCGCUCCCGCUCGUGUGGGUGGAUCUCGGAAAGUAUUAUCCAGAGCUCGCGAAGCGAUGUUCCGGCAUGGAUUUACUCGCGAAGGUGAUAUUCGGUCUGAUGUUUAUAGCCGUUCGUGACGUUUUGUUCAUGAAACAUUCCAUCACGCUUUGGAAGGAUUCGUUCGCGGUGCUCGCCGCGGGCACGGCUAAAUUCCCAGGCGUCACGAAGGCGUUCUUGGUGACCAAUCUCUUCUUCAACGUCUUGCAAAUCGCUUGGACGAAGAAGCUGCUCGAUGGACUAUUUGAACUGAUCAACGGGGGCGGCAAGGACGAGGCGGACAAGGACAAGGAAGAGUAG